AUGUCUAAUUCUGAACAAGUUAAUAUUGCUUCUACACACACAACAAUCGAUGUAAACAAAAAUGAUAAAACAUUUACGGAACCGACAACAUUUGCACUCGGUCAUGAUUUACAUGAUCAGCGAUUAGAUCAAAAUGAACAAAAACAACAAUCUUCAAUUGAUUUCGCAUUAAAUUCAAUACAAAAAUUUGAUGGAAGUGGUGACCCAGAAUUUUGGUUAAAACAUUUUAUGGAAAAAUUUGAUUCCUUACAACUUAAACGUCGUGAACAAUAUAAAUUAAUUCCGGAUACAUUGACUGGUGAAGCACUUAUUUGGUAUGGUAAACAGCAAGAUCAUAUGCCAACCUUUAUUACAUUUAUGAAAAAAUUUUUACAACAUUUUGAUAAUCAAGAGUUAAAGACAGACUUAUCAACAAAAAUUAUUUCACCAGGCACACCAUCGAAGCAAUCAGGAAAUGCAAAUUAUCAAGAUGCUUUUAUGGACUGUUUACGAACUCAAAUGUUAAUCACUUCUCUUGAAAAAAUACCAAAAUUUUCUGGUAAAUCGAAACAAAAUGUAUCUAAUUUGUUGCAAGAAAUUCAACAAACAAUGAAUAUAUUUAAGUUAACAGAUGAUGAAAAAUUAUUUUAUGUACUGUUAUGUCUAGAAGAUUAUGCAGAAGACUGGUUUUAUGAUAAUAAACAUUUAAUGUUAACAUGGACAAUCUUUACACAAAAAUUAUUAAAAACAUUUGGAUCCUCAGGAAAAGCUGUGAUCGCAUUUAAUCGUUUACGUCAUUAUGAACAAGGUAUUACUCAAGAUGUGAAACAAUAUUAUUUUCAAAUUAUGAAAUUAUGUAAAGAAGCUAAUCCAUUUAUGGAUGAUGCUAGUAAACUACAAUAUUUGAAAGAUGGUUUAAAACCUUCCUUACGUUUCAAUGUAUUAUUAAAAAAUCCAGUAAAUACGGAAGAAUUUUUACAAUAUGCUCAAAAGAUCGAAGAACUUCAAACAUUAGAUGAACAACAAGAUAUUAUUAUUGUACCAAGAAAAAAUCAUUUUUUAGCUUCAUUACCAAUCAACCCAACACUUGAAAGCAAUAUUUCACAAAAUAUGAAUCGAUCAUCUCAAAAUUCAUCACCAAAUGAUAAUGAUACACAAUAUAAUAUUAACUACUAA